AAAUUUAAAUGAUAAGAGACUUAAGAGAUAAUAGACUUAUAUUAAAUAAGAAGAGAUAAUAGACUUAUAUUAAACAAGAAGCAAUGGACGAAUUAAGCUGUUAUUACAAGUCUUUAAAAUUUGACGAAGCCUGCGUAAACGUGAUAUCUGAUAAUAACAAUUAUAAUAUGUGGCUUUAUUCACUCUCUACAGAUUGUUUAUCAUGUCCAUAUAAGCGCAUAGCUCAGAUCUCAACUAACAAAAAUUCUAGUUUGAAAUUCAGCACGAUCGAUUCAAUAAAAUGGAGAGUAUUGAAGAAUAAUGGCACUGAUGAAUAUAUAUCUGCCAAAAAUACAAGCGAUAUUUUUUGCGAAUUGUUGCCAAAUCUAGGGCAAUAUGGUUUAUACGAGUUGAUAAUACAAAACAAAACCUGCAAUUGUAAAACAUUGAGGAAUCCGACAUAUCCAUACUCAGAAUUGUUUAUUAUUUUGGCGAUAAUAAUAUUUAUCUUACUUGCUAUAUCUGCUGGAAGGUCUUUAUGGUACAAAUUAAAAACACAAUGUAUAAUGAAAGAAGAAACUCCAAGUAGCAACAAAGAAGUAACAAAACAUCGUCGCAUAAAAGCUAUCGAUACAUUCAGGGGAGUCAGCACGCUUUUUAUGAUUUUUGUUAAUGCUGGCUCCGGUAGUUAUACCACAUUGGGGCACGCAACUUGGAAUGGCAUAUUACUAGGAGAUUUAGUAUUUCCCUGUUUUAUAUGGAUUAUGGGAGUUUGCAUACCCAUAGCUUUGUCGGCACAGUUAAGGCGUGGACUUUCAAAGCUUCAAAUCAGUUAUUCCAUCUUGAAGAGAAGUUUUCUUCUAUUUCUGAUAGGCGUUGCAUUAAACACAUUAGGAACAAAUGCGCAAUUAGAAAACAUACGCAUAUUCGGAAUUCUUCAACGAUUCGGAAUUUCUUAUUUAAUUGUGGGACUGCUCUAUCUUCUUAUUCCUCGACAGUCAAAAGAUGCUCAGAAAUUAUCGCAAACUCUGAUAAUGCAUAAGAUGCAAGACGUAUUAAAUCUUUUGCCACACUGGUGCAUAAUGCUGACUCUAGUAAUGGUGCAUUGUGCUCUAACGUUUGGUCUACCAAUUCCCGGAUGUCCUACAGGAUACCUUGGACCAGGUGGAAGACACGAAGACGGUCAAUAUUUUAAUUGUACCGGUGGUGCGGCUGGAUAUAUAGAUAGAAUUUUAUUGACUUUAAGUCAUAUUUAUCAAAAACCAACCAUUGAUUCUGUUUAUGGAUCCGGCCCUUUUGAUCCUGAGGGGAUUUUAGGAUGCCUGACGUCGAUAUUUCAAGUAUUUCUAGGUGUACACACUGGUAUAAUUCUAAUGAUGUAUAAAGAUUGGAAAGAACGUAUUAUCCGAUGGCUUUCGUGGGCAAUGUUUUAUGGUUGUUUGGGUUGUGCCUUCCAUUUCACUAAUCUUAUACCCAUUAACAAAAAUUUAUGGUCUUUAUCAUUCGUACUUGUUUCAUCUUGUUUUGCCUUGACUUUUCUUUCCGGAUGUUAUUUACUGAUUGAUAUUACCAAAAUUUGGCAAGGUGGCCCUUUUAGAAUACCCGGAAUGAAUGCACUGGUAUUAUAUGUGGGUCAUAAUAUGUGUUACCAAAUCUUUCCAUUCCAUUGGAAGAUUGGCGCAAUGGACAGUCGUGCUUUGUGUUUAAUUGAAUCAAUUUGGGUUGUAACCCUCUGGACGGUUAUAGCAUAUGUUAUGCAUCGUAAACGAAUUUACAUUACACUUUGAGUUUUACAAAUUUUACCUAUUUAUAUAACGUAGCGGCAUUAUAAUAUUGCAUUAUAUUUUUUACAUAAUACUACAAUCCACAAAUAAUAUAGAUAGGAAAUGAU